AUGCCGCAGUCUAACAACAACAUCCAUUACCACCGCAGCCUCCUCAAUGGCAGCAUCACCACAUUCUAUUCCGUCUGUUUCCAGCGCCUUAGGACUGGAAAGAUGGAGGAUGCGCUCUUCGAUGCGCUCACGCCUAUUCAUAGCAUCCCAAGAAUUCCCGCCCUCCUGUUCACCCUGAUGAGACCACCUGAUUCCCGUCCUCACGAGACACAACAACAGCUGCUCUCGCGCCAUGCCUCUGCAUUCCGUGCACAUCUCGACAAAGACCGCCCACAAGACGCAAACAAUGAGGAGAAGGAGAAAAUGGGCCGCUUGAACCUGUGCAGCUGGAGGUUGCUGCAAGAAGUCGUCGUAGCCGAAGAGGAUGAUCCGAGCGGGCAUAAACGAAGGCGGAGAGGAGAAGGAGUGAACAAGGGUGAAAAUGAUGAGGACCAGGAUCUUCUCGGAGGCCUGUCCGUGUCUCUUACCUACGAGAAAGUCACAUCCUAUUUCGUGAUCUACACCCGCUUUCCGACGAGCUACGCUGUCGGGCGCAGGCGGACCACAACGGCGACGGAACAGAGUGCGAUCCUAUGCUCCAAGUCCUCGCCAGGCGAUCUGAAAUCGUUCAUCGACUAUCUCUGCGAGAACUUCGACAUCCCCUCCAUCCCCCCGCUCGAGCUGAACGGGAAUUUCAUGGAGGCGACGCUUGACGACUACCUGUUCAGCCUCCUCCAAUCCUUUACUCGCGACGGCACCUCCAAAGUUGCCCUUCUCAAGGACAAGUUCAAGUCCAUCCUCGACACGAUUGAACUUGCCCUCGCCAUUCGUCUACCGACUAGCCAGAUAGCAUGGACCCGGAUAUGCUGCCCGGCGAGCGACUUCCCGAGCUGGUAUUACAAGAUGGCCACGCUGGCACAACAACAAGGCAGUUGGCCCAGGGACACGUUCUUGAGUUCGAUGCUUCGUGACGGCUCUGGCCAGACCGGCGUCAACCUCCAGGCUUGGUCCAUGGAUGGGGAGGACCCGUUUGGCAAAGAUAGCUCGAAUGCCCCCCGAGGAGGAGACGAGAAAGACGCACAACAAGACCCCGUUAGGAGGGAAGAACAACCGGUGAUGAGACUGGAGAAACUGGCCAACAGCGCGUAUACCCUCUACAAGUCGGGCGUGAAGUUCAAGUCCCAGGCCGUCCGUGCCGCCGGCGACGCAGUCCAAGCGGGCACCACCGAAGGACCACCACGCGGAGAAUCGGCCAACUGCGUCGUCCGCGCGAAUAGGAACCUUCUGAUGAGCCUCAUCUCCCACGCGCACGCGCUACAAUAG